AUGGAGGAAUACAUGGCGGAGCACAACAAGGAGAAGCGUUGUGAGUGCGACGUGUGUGGCAAGGCCUGGCAGUACCCAUGCCAUCUGGAGAUCCACCGGCGGGUUCACACGGGAGAACGCCCAUUCGACUGCUCGGAAUGUGGCAAGAACUUCACCAGCUACUACAACCUGCAGCGGCACAACCGUGGGCACUACGGCGAGAGGCCCUUAAGCUGCCCGGAGUGCGGCAAGGGUUUCACAACAACGCAGGAUCUGACGAAGCACCGGCGGGUGCACACGGGCGAGAAGCCCUAUGGUUGCUCCACCUGUGGCAAAAGCUUUACCCAGUUGUCGGGGCUGCUGAAUCACCGGCGGGUGCACAGCAGUGAGCGUCCCUUCACUUGCUCCGUCUGUGGGAAAGGCUUCAAGUCGUCGCCGGAACUGAAGGCGCACAGGCGUCUGCACACCGGGCAGCGGCCCUACACCUGUAGCGAUUGCGGCAAGGGCUUCACCCACUCCAGCAAACUGCUGGUGCAUCAGCGCACCCACAGCAGCGAGCGCCCCUACACCUGCGCCCAGUGCGGCAAGGGCUUCACCCGCUCCGACAGCCUGCUGUCCCACCAGCAGGUGCACGCCGGCGAUCGUCCCUUCCCCAGGCCUUUCUGCUGUUCUGACUGCGGCAAGAGCUUCAAGAGGGCACAACACCUGAAGAACCACCGGCGGGUGCACACGGGCGAGAAGCCCUAUGGCUGCUCCACCUGCGGCAAGAGCUUUGCCCAGUUAUCGGGGCUGUGGGUGCACCGGCGGGUGCACAGCAGUGAGAGGCCCUUCACCUGCUCUGACUGCGGCAAAGGCUUCAAGACGUCCGCGCACCUGAAGGUGCACAGUCGCCUGCACACCCGGGAUCAACCCUGCACCUGCAGCAACUGCGGCAAGGGCUUCACCCGCUCUAGCAACCUGCUGGUACACCAGCGCACCCACACCGGUCAGCGCCCCUACACCUGCAUCCAGUGCGGCAAUGGCUUCACCAUUGCUGCGCGUACACAGCCCCAUCCGCAGCCAGGAUCUAACCCACGUCCCCACCGCCGCAAGCACCACCGAAACGCCACUGCAGCCGGAGAUGCCCGAGGCAAUCCCGGGCCGACGGGACCCCGGCCGGAGCAGUGGCGGCCCCAGGCCCACAGCCAGAAAAGGAAAAGAAGCGUCACCUCCUCCCGUCCCGGCACGCCACGGGAUACGGAUUACUAA